AUGGCGUCUAAUUCCUCUGAAGCCCCCCUAAAUCGUGCGAAUGACCCCGCAGUAACAGGGUACGAUCCAAACGCCAAAUGGUCAAACUACUGGAACAUCUUGACGGGCAAAAUGACCCGAGAAGGACAAGAAGAAUUUCGCGAAGCUGCAUAUAUCAGGAAUGAAGCGCGGGAUUGCGCUCGAUGUGAAGAGUGGAGGGAUUACUGCUUCAAGUAUUCGCCCAUGGUCAUAUUUAUGCAGAAGAACAUCAGGGAGUUAAACGGCGAUCUGAAUGCGGAGAAUGUGAAGUGUAGGAGAUGCCCGGCUAGAAGAACAGAGGAUGGAACUGUGGUUAGGCAAGGAGGGGGGUUUAGCCCAGAUCACGGCAUAUUGAUAUGUGCGAACGAGAUGAGGGAUAAGAAGCAUCUGGAGGAUACGCUAAGUCAUGAGAUGGUGCAUGCUUGGGACCAUUUGAGAUGGAAGGUUGACUGGGCCGAUUUGAGGCAUGCCGCAUGUACUGAGAUUCGAGCAUCGAGUUUGAGCGGAGAAUGUCGGUGGACGAGAGAAUUCUUUACAAGGAAUAAUUGGACGGUUACGCAACAGCAUCAGAAUUGUGUGAGGUCGAGAGCCAUCAAAUCUGUAAUGAGCAGACCAUCCUGUAAAGAUGAGGCGCAGGCAGCGAAGGUGGUUAAUGAGGUCUGGGAUUCGUGUUUUGCGGACACACGGCCGUUUGAAGGAAUCUAUAGAUAA